AUGCAAUCAAAGAUUGUUACCAACUCUUCUAAUGUUUUAAAUAGUUACAAUAAAGUCUUAGUAACCAAUCAUGGUAAUAUUUUUUCCUAUUUUAGAAUCAACAUUCCAUUCCCAUGUGAAUGUAUUGGAGGUGAGUUUUUAGGACAUGUGUUUGAAUACACAACAAAGAAAGGAGAUACUUACGAUUUGAUUGCAAAUAAUUAUUAUGUAAGUUUGACUAGUUUUGAGCUUUUGAAAAAGUUCAAUAGUUAUGAUCCAAAUCAUAUACCUGCUAAGGCUAAGGUUAAUGUCACUGUCAAUUGUUCUUGUGGGAAUAGCCAGAUUUCAAAAGACUAUGGAUUGUUUGUUACUUAUCCGUUAAGGUCUAUGGAUACUCUUGAGAAGAUUACGAACGAUUCUAAACUAGAUGAAGGGUUGAUACAGAAUUUCAAUCCUAAUGUUAAUUUCAGUAGAGGAAGUGGGAUAGUGUUCAUUCCAGGAAGAGGUUUUGCUAAGGGUGCAGUUGUUGGUAUAUGGAUAGCAGGAGUAUUCGGGCUUCUAUUAUUUGUUAUUUGUAUAUAUGUCAAAUACUUCCAGAAAAAGGAAGAAGAGAAAACUAUACUGCCCCAAAUUUCUAAGGUGCUUUCAACUCAAGAUGCCUCGGGUAGUGGAGAAUAUGAAACUUCAGGAUCUAGUGGGUAUGGUACUGGUAGUGCUGCUGGGCUUACAGGAAUUAUGGUGGCAAAGUCAACAGAGUUUUCAUAUCAAGAACUAGCUAAGGCUACAAAUAACUUUAGUUUGGAUAAUAAAAUUGGUCAAGGUGGAUUCGGAGUUGUCUAUUAUGCCGAACUCCGAGGCGAGAAAACAACAAUUAAGAAAAUGAAUGUACAAGCAUCAACAGAAUUUCUUUGUGAGUUGAAGGUCUUAACACAUGUUCAUCAUUUGAAUCUGGUGAGGUUGAUUGGAUAUUGUGUUGAGGGAUCGCUUUUCCUUGUAUACGAACAUAUUGACAAUGGAAACUUGGGUCAAUAUUUGCAUGGUUUAGGUAAAGAGCCAUUACCAUGGUUUAGUAGAGUCCAAAUUGCUCUAGAUUCUGCAAGAGGCCUUGAAUACAUUCAUGAACACACUGUGCCAGUUUAUAUCCAUCGCGAUGUAAAAUCAGCAAACAUAUUGGUAGACAAAAACUUGCGGGGAAAGGUUGCAGAUUUUGGCUUGACCAAACUUAUUGAAGUUGGAAACUCCACACUUCACACUCGUCUUGUUGGAACUUUUGGAUACAUGCCACCAGAAUUCGAAGGUGAUGCAACGGAGGAGGCUGCUGGUGUUGGUGAUUGUGCCGUUGAUGCGAGGCGGAGGGUAAUGGUUAGAGGACGACGAAGGGAUGAAGGAUGGAGACGGUUGACAAUUGAUGGUGGUGGUUGGUAA